CGAAGCCACGCCCACUUCCCUUCCCUGCUCAUAUCCAGCUCUAUGGUGAAGGACUGAAGACUUUUCUGAUGUUUUCUCUCAGUUUCAGCUGUAAAUAACAGUGACCAUGACGGAGAAAGCAGAAGAAUCUCCUCUGCUGAGUGCAGAGACGAGUGAAGCCGAACUUUACACGUCCGUCACGUCAGAACAUGUCCCGUCUGCUCCACCAUAUCAGGCAGAGGCUCCUCCUCCAUACUGGGCGGUGCCCGUUGUUGGCUCCGCCUCCCUGUGCUGUGGUGUGUGUGGAGCUCAGAUUGCACUGAACUCUAACAGCAGCCAGUAUAUAGUGAAGUGUGGAGUUUGUCAGGAGGCCACGCCCUUGAGGAGUCCCCCUGUAGGAAAGCGGUUUGUUCGCUGUCCAUGUCAUUGUCUACUGAUCUGUAAAAUCUCCUCCAAGCGAGUGGCGUGUCCUCGUCCUCAGUGUAAGAGAGUGAUGGAGCUGACGGAUCCGAGCAGUGCUGUGGUGCAGUGUUAUGGGACACGAGCCAUCUGUGGCCACUGCAGACAAACCUUUCUGGCCCCUCGAUCAGGAGGAAAGCAGCGUGUUCGAUGUCCUCACUGCCGUGAAGUGAGCUUUAUUGGACAGCACUAUCCCAUGAAGCGCUGCAUUUACUCCUCACUGUUGGCCGUCUUCUUCGCCGUCAUCGCUGGAGGACUAAUCGCUGCCACAGUGGAUGAGGCGAGGGAUUACAACGCCAUCUACGCUAUCUGGACUUUUUUGCUGAUGUUGUGUGUGAGUUGUGUGUGUGUGGCAGUGUAUUGGGCUCGGGUUAAAGUCAGUACUCCUCAGCAGAGUUAAUCUGUGUGAACCUUCACACUUCUGUUCUCUGCGUCCAGGACGUACCUUCGCUAUCGCUAAUCAGGUGUUAGCCUUCAUCCCACAGCUCUGUAUUGAAAUAACAGAAUUUAUUCAUUACGCUUCAUCGGUGUAUCUGUCUAAUUACUCGACAGAUUUUGUGAUCACGUGUAAUAUUUCAAACAAGAAUAAAAUGAUAAAUAUA